AUGGAAAGAGCCAGGCGAAGGGGAGGCGGCGGCGGCGGCGGCGGCGGCCGUGGCCGCGGCGGCAAGAAUGUAGGGGGCUCUGGCCUAAGCAAGAGUAGACUGUACCCCCAGGCCCAGCACUCCCACUACCCCCACUACGCGGCUUCAGCCACCCCUAAUCAGGCUGGGGGCGCAGCCGAAAUCCAGGAGCUGGCCUCCAAACGAGUGGACAUCCAGAAAAAGAGGUUUUACCUAGACGUGAAGCAGAGCUCGCGGGGCCGGUUCCUCAAGAUAGCCGAAGUCUGGAUAGGGAGAGGCCGGCAAGACAAUAUCAGAAAGAGUAAACUGACCCUCUCCCUGUCGGUGGCAGCGGAGCUGAAGGACUGUCUAGGGGACUUCAUCGAGCACUAUGCCCACCUGGGCCUGAAAGGCCACCGGCAAGAGCACGGUCACGGCAAAGAGCAGAGCUCCAGGAGGAGACAGAAGCACUCAGCGCCCUCCCCGCCGGUCUCGGUGGGGUCCGAAGAGCACCCUCACAGUGUCCUCAAAACAGACUACAUCGAGAGGGACAACAGGAAAUACUAUCUAGACCUGAAGGAAAACCAGCGGGGUCGCUUCCUAAGGAUUAGACAAACCAUGAUGCGGGGGACUGGCAUGAUAGGUUAUUUUGGCCACACUUUGGGCCUAGAGCAGACUAUUGUCCUCCCAGCUCAAGGAAUGAUCGAGUUCCGCGACGCCUUGGUUCAGCUCAUCGAAGACUAUGGCGAAGGGGACAUCGAAGAACGCAGAGGUGGAGACGACGACCCCGUGGAACUCCCUGAGGGGACUUCUUUCAGAGUGGACAAUAAAAGGUUCUACUUUGAUGUGGGCUCUAAUAAAUAUGGAAUUUUCCUGAAGCUCACAAAUUACCCUAAAUCCAGAGAGAAUAUCAACCCUUUUCACUGUUGUCAAAUCCAGCAAAAGGAACAGCCCCAUGACACUACAAAAACAGUAGAGGAAUAA